UAGGAGCCGCCGUCGAUUUAAAGCCACAGGGGGGAAGUAAUUAGAUUUAACAGAAGCCACGGCUUUCUGAACCAAGACACACAGCGUGGGGGUCCCUGGUCUAGAAAGCCUUCGGGAUGAUGUCUUUUUGUAAAGACUUUCCUGGUGACAUUUGCUGCGCCCUCAGUCAUUAACGCCAGUCACUGACUGGGGGAUGAAUGUGGCCUCUGCUCAUUGAAAUUCAUUAGGCCUGGCAUUUCUCUCGCUGUCUCUCCCGUUUGCCCUCCCCAUCGCCUUUGCGCUGGGCCAGGAGGGCUCUGCCCCAAAACCAGCCUCCUGGGGCCCCACAUCUAGGAGCUGGGGGUUUGGAAGAAUAACAAGAAAUAAUUAGAGUUAAGCCAAAACCCCCUAGGAGGACCCCUUUAUUCCCCGCCAGGGUAUUCUCUGGAUGUCCUUUUCUUUAUUUACAGGAACCACUUCAUGGAGCGGCCCCUAUUUCUUUCCUCACCUGGCACCUGCCCGGAAGCCAGGGGCGCCCAUCACCGUUCCUUGGCCCCUUCCCGACCCCUCCCCACCAGGUAAGGCGCUCUCCACCUCCCCGACCGUGCUGUUCUCCCUGACCCCGUGCGCAGAGACUCGGGGACUGAAGGACCAGACCCCCGACACAAGACAGCUCAAAAACCGGGAAACGGAGGCCCAGGCCUCCCUCCCUGCGCCUCUGCCUCCACCACCCUCCAGCCGAGACGCUGGGGUUCACCAAUCCCGCAGCUGGCCCGCCCCCCCUGCCCGAGAGCCUUCUUCCCAGUGCCCCCUUUCAGGUAGCAUCUCGGGCACAGCCGCGGGGCCGGGGCGAGCGCGGAGCAGGCAGGGGCGCGGGGCCAGGAGCGCAAAGCCGAGGCCGACGCCGAGGCUGCGGCGCCACCUACAGUCCGCGCGGCUCCCAUUGUUUCCCGGCCCGCAGAGAGCGCGCCCGGCCCCCCGUCGGGGGGCAAUUUACCCGGAUAAAAGGGGCGGGGCAGGAAUUGCAAGAAGAUGAAGCUGGGAGAACCUGAGACGGUCGGAACUGCGGGGGGAAAUUCUAUUGGACGGCUUUGACGUCAGAUGUGCUGGGCUGGGAAAGUCGGGAGAGGGAGUGCGAGUGGCCUUUUAAGGGGAAGGACCCCAAGGCCGAGGUGAGGCUUUUACCGACUAGAGGGUGAAGGAGGCAAAACUCGGUGCCCCCGAACCUCUGACCCCGGGGUUCCUGACCCCGCCCCUGCUGGUGCCCCAUGCCGAGGGCAACCACUGGGAGCCCGAGGCCUGGGGGAGGGGCCCCAGUUGUCGAUCGCUUUGCAAAAUCAAACUCUCCCAGCCAAGAACCUCGGGGCCGCUGCGCGGUGGGGAGGAGUUCCCCGAAACCCGGCCGCUAAACGAGGCCUCCUCCUCCAGCAGAUCCGAACGGCCUGGGCGGGGUCACCCCGGCUGGGACAAGAAGCCGCCGCCUGCCUGCCCGGGCCCGGGGAGGGGGCUGGGGCCGGAGGCGGGGUGUGAGUGGGUGUGUGCGGGGGGCGGAGGCUUGAUGCAAUCCCGAUAAGAAAUGCUCGGGUGUCUUGGGCACCUACCCGCGGGGCCCGUAAGGCGCUACUAUAUAAGGUUGCCGGCCCGGAGCCGCCGCGCCGUCGGAGCAGGAGCGCUGCGUCCAGGAUCGAGGGCCACGGCCAUCCCAAUCCGGCACUCACAGGCCCGCAGCGCAUCCCGGUCGCCGCCCAGCCUCCCGCACCCCUAUCGCCGGAACUGCGCCGAGAGCCCCAGGGAGGUGCCAUGAGGAGCGGGUGUGUGGUGGUCCACGCCUGGAUCCUGGCCAGCCUCUGGCUGGCCGUGGCCGGGCGUCCCCUCGCCUUCUCGGACGCGGGGCCCCACGUGCACUACGGCUGGGGCGACCCCAUCCGCCUGCGGCACCUGUACACCUCCGGCCCCCACGGGCUCUCCAGCUGCUUCCUGCGCAUCCGCACCGACGGCGUCGUGGACUGCGCGCGGGGCCAAAGCGCGCACAGUUUGCUGGAGAUCAAGGCAGUAGCUCUGCGGACCGUGGCCAUCAAGGGCGUGCACAGCGUGCGGUACCUCUGCAUGGGCGCCGACGGCAAGAUGCAAGGGCUGCUUCAGUACUCAGAGGAAGACUGUGCUUUCGAGGAGGAGAUCCGCCCUGAUGGCUACAAUGUAUACCGAUCUGAGAAGCACCGCCUCCCGGUCUCCCUGAGCAGUGCCAAACAGCGGCAGCUGUACAAGAACAGAGGCUUUCUUCCGCUCUCUCAUUUCCUGCCCAUGCUGCCCAUGGCCCCAGAGGAGCCUGAGGACCUCAGGGGCCACUUGGAAUCUGAUAUGUUCUCUUCGCCCCUGGAGACUGACAGCAUGGACCCAUUUGGGCUUGUCACCGGACUGGAGGCGGUGAGGAGUCCCAGCUUUGAGAAAUAACUGAGGCCAUGCCCGGGCCUCUUCACUGCUGCCAGGGGCUGUGGUCCCUGCAGAGUGGAGGCCAUGCUUCUACAAGAGCAGUCCCGAGUCCACGUUCUGUUUAGCUUUAGGAAGAAACAUCUAGAAGUUGUACAUAUUCAGAGUUUUCCAUUGGCCGUGCCAGUUUCUAGCCAAUAGACUUGUCUGUCUGAUCAUAACAUUGUAAGCCUGUAGCUUGCCCAGCUGCUGCCCGGGCCCCCAUUCUGCUCCCUCGAGGUUGCUGGACAAGCUGCUGUGCUGUCUCAGUCCUGCUUGAAUACCUCCACUGAUGGGGAACUCACUUCCUUUGGAAAAAUUCUUAUGUCAAGCUGAAAUUCUCUAAUUUUUUUUCUCAUCACUUCCCCAGGAGCAGCCAGAAGACAGGCAGUGGUUUAAAUUUCAGGAACAGGUGAUCCCCUCUGCAAAACAGCACAUAAAUUUCACUCAACCCCAUGUGGGAAUUGAUCUAUAUCUCUACUUCCAGGGACCCUUUGCCCUUCCCAAACCCCUCCAGGCCACCACUGACUGGAGCAGGCAUGGCCCAAGCGGCUUCAGGAGUAGGGGAAGCCCGGAGCCCCACUCCAGCCCUGGGACAUCUUGAGAAUUCCCCCUGAGGCCAGUUCUGUCAUGGAUGCUGUCCUGAGAAUAACUUGCUGUCCCCGGUGUCUCCUGCUUCCACCCCCCAGCCCACCAGCCCUCUGCCCACCUCACAUAUGUCCCCAUGGAUUGGGGCUUCCCAGGCCCCCUACCUUAUGUCAACCUGCACUUCUCGUUCAAAAAUCAGGAAAAGAAAAGAUUUGAAGACCCCAAGUCUUGUCAAUAACUUGCGGUGUGGAAGCAGCGGGGGAAGACUUAGAACCCUUUCCCCAGCACUUAGUUUUCCAACAUGAUAUUUAUGAGUAAUUUAUUUUGAUAUGUACAUCUCUUAUUUUCUUACAUUAUUUAUGCCCCCAAAUUAUAUUUAUGUAUGUAAGUGAGGUUUGUUUUGUACAUUAAAAUGGAGUUUGUUUGUAUCAAAA